CGUUUUGGCUUAUAUUCCCAAUAUACGAAUAAAUAUGUAGCAAAUUGUAAUACUUAGCACGAAAGUGUGAUUUAUUUCCUCAAUAAAGAACUAAAUAUUCAGCAAAUUAUUAUACCUACUUAGAAAAACACGUUGUCUUUUAUAUUCUCACAAAGUAUUCAGCAAAUUGUCAAACUAAGCAUCACGAGGUGAAUAUUCACGUUCACAAAGAAUGGCAGAUGGACACCCAAAAGGCCCACUUCUUUCAAGAAAUAGUUGCUAGCUUCUAGACCAUAGACAAUGGCAGAAUUAUAUCUCAAUAUUAAGAUUGAAAGAAAAAUCUUUUGAUGUGUCACGUUGCUGUAGCAGUUACUGUCAUGAUUGACGAAUUGUCAUUCUAUCAAGAUAAAAUUCCAAAAAUGUAAAAUAGUUACCCCAAAAAUAAAAAUGCCCGCACCUUGUCGCGCGAACCCACUCGCCGACCGAGGACUCUUUUCGGAAAGUGGGCUUUGCAAAGCAGGAUGUUACAUAUUUCACUUUGAUCCAUGUUAUCAUGACCGAACUGAAAACUACUGUAUCAGAAGAAAAUACGUUAUCUGCUAAAGGAUAUAGAUUAGCUAAAUUCGUCGGGGAAGGAGCUUAUGCUAAGGUUUACCUUUCAGAAUACACAGGUAAAGAUGACAGUAAAAUAACACUCGCGUGCAAAAUCAUUGAAACUUUGAAAGCCCCGAAAGACUUUGUAAUAAAAUUUCUACCGCGCGAAAUAGAUGUUCUCAUAAAGCUCAAUCAUCCCCACUUGAUUCAUGUCCACAGUAUAUUUCAGAGAAAAACGAAGUAUUAUAUUUUCAUGCGGUACGGCGAAAAUGGCGAUCUUUUGGGAUAUAUCCUAAAGAACGGUUGUGUUUCCGAGAACCAAUCGAGGGUGUGGUUACGUCAACUUGUACUGGGCUUACAAUAUCUACACGAAUUGGAAAUAGCACAUCGCGAUAUCAAAUGCGAGAACGUCUUAUUGACCGCGAACUUUAAUGUGAAAUUAUCUGAUUUCGGAUUCUCUAGAUUUUGCGUUGACGAAGAAGACCAGCCAAUUUUAAGUGAGACGUAUUGCGGUUCAAUGUCUUAUGCAGCCCCAGAGAUACUUCGAGGCAAGCCUUAUCUGCCCAAACCGACGGAUCUCUGGUCUCUUGGCGUAGUGUUAUUUGUGAUGUUAAACAAGUCUAUGCCGUUUGAUGAUACCCGGAUGCGAAAGCUUUAUGAACAGCAGAUGGGAAAGAAAUACAGAUUCAGAUCAAAAGUCGCAGGUGUUAUCUCUCUAGAGUGCAAAUCCGUUGUUAAACAUUUACUGGAACCUGAUCCGGGUUUAAGACAUUCGACUACGCAAGUUCUAUGUUCAGAUUGGAUUGCUAUGGAUAGCAGACUCACAACUUUGAACGCAGUAGAAGCAGCGGCGCUCCAGAAAGCUAGAGAAGAGCGACGAAAGUUGUCUGACAUUCACAGAAAGCCACAAAAAAGGCAAGGUGACAUCCUGGAACGAGACCACAAGGAAUCUAAUAGGCUAACCAUUGAAGAUGAUUUGAGGUUAACUGGUUCGGAACAAUUAACACUUGCGACUCGAGGCUAUAAAAUGAUAAAGAAAAUAAACGAGGGGUCGUAUGCUAAGGUUUAUCUUGCAGAAUACAGAAAUCCAAAUAAAAAUGACAAACUAUCAGUAUUGGCAUGCAAAGUUAUAGACACGAGUACGGCACCCAAAGAUUUUGUAAAUAAAUUCCUACCGAGGGAGAUAGAUAUGUUGAUAAAAUUAAAUCACCCACAUUUAGUGCACACACACAGUAUAUUUCAGAGGAGAUGUAAAUAUUUUAUAUUCAUGAGGUAUAUGGAGAGUGGGGAUUUAUUGGAUCACAUACUGCAAAAGGGGGCAGUUCAAGAGGAUCAGGCGAGGAUUUGGACGCGGCAACUGGCUCUCGCGAUACAAUACAUGCACGAACUAGAGAUAGCUCAUAGAGACAUCAAGUGUGAAAACGUUCUUUUAACUGCGAACCAGAACGCUAAACUGUCUGACUUCGGUUUCGCCCGUAUAACCGUUGAUAAGAAAAUGAAAGACAUUCCCAGCGAGACGUUUUGUGGCUCCUUAUCCUACACCGCACCGGAGAUUUUACAAGGCGCUCCAUAUUUCCCGAAGCCCACAGAUGUUUGGUCCCUUGGUAUCGUCGUGUACGUUAUGUUGAACAGAGCUAUGCCGUUCGAAGAUAAACACAUAAAGCAGCUGUAUCACGCACAAAUGAACAAGAACUGGAAAUUUCGAACACGGUAUCUUGACAGCUUGUCCGCCAACUGCAAAAGGCUUGUGGCUCAGAUGUUGGAGCCAAACAGUCAACGUAGAUUGAAAAUCGGUAAUAUCAUUAACAGUGAGUGGAUUGCAAUGGAUUCGAGGUUACUGGAAUGGACGCCUCAAGAAAUAACAGCCUACAAUACGGCGAGAGAAGAGAAGAAAAAUAAAUUGGAAGUAUCAGAACCUUUGAAAGAUAAUUAUCUCACAGAAGCCUCAGAUGUGAAAACUACGUGUGCUCAAGUCGAUUCCUCAUCUUCUUGGUGAUGCGCAAGUGGCGUUUCCGCACCGGCAUCGUGAACCAGCUGUCCACGGAGUGUAAGCAGCAGGUGACGCAAU